UUUCUUAUCUCGUCGAAACAUGUAGAAAAAAAAAAUUUCUAUUUCAUCGAUUUUCUUUUAUAUUAAUUUCUAAUGAAUGAAAAAGGAAGAAAAGGAAAGAAACUAAAACUACAAAAUCUGCUUUCUCCGGAUCACGUAACAAUUUCUUAAGAACAUUACAAAAAUAAAUUUGGCUUCAUCAGUCGUGUAGUAAUUACCAAGUGAUUACGUGUGCAUCUUUAACAAUUAUUUGUGUAUAUAUGUAUAUAUAAACAUGGUACGCGUGUGUUUGUAUAUACACAUUAACGAGUAUAACGAUAACUUUGUAUAUAAAAGAUAAAGCACGAAGAAAAAAACUUUGGUAUUGACACUUGACUUAUUAACUCGCUUAAAGAUUUUAUUGAAGUUCGAUGCACGCGGUAACAAGUUCUUCCGAUGAUGACAUUUUUUUUCAUACGUUGGAAUUUUAUCAUAAUUUUUUUAUUAUUUAUAUCGGACAAUCUAUUACUUACAUCUUCCGAAAAUGCAGGUUCUUCGAGCUCGUCGAAAACAAUAGGUGACAGUCCUUAUAACAGUGAUCCAAUAUUUAUAAUCUCUUCUUCACCUAUCGUAUAUUCAUUCGGACAUAUUAAUGAACGCAAUCCAGAAGAAAAUCCAUUUUUAAUGGAAAAGGAUAAAACAAAUGUUAUAAAUAGAAAUGAUCAAUACGUUAAUAAUCCAUUCUUAAAUUUAUAUAACGGAGUUAAUAGAAAGGAGGAAAUACCUAUAUCUAUUUCUACACUUCCUUUAAACAAAACUGACAAUGAUUCUAGUUCAUUUAUAAAACCAUAUAUAAAUAGUUCAUUUCCUGCAAUUGAUUUACAAAAUCAAGGAAAUGGUAAAAACAAAGAGAUUUCAAGUCCUCAGGAACAAGCUAAACUUUCAAAUUCAUCUAAUAGAUAUAGUACUAGGACUAAGUCAGAUAUCAAAUGUGAAGAAUAUGGUAAACAAUUUUUGAGUAUAUCAGAAGUACAAUCUUUAGUUGGCAUCAACACACAAGUUCUUAGAGUAGAAAGUGAACAGUGUACAAAAUUUGAUCAGCUUGUAACUGGUGGUACAAUUGCAACACCUGGUGAAUUUCCGCAUAUGGUUGCCUUGGGCAAAAUAUUAAGGGAUGGAUCUUUUAUGCUUUACUGCGGUGCCACAUUAAUUUCACCUUCCUGGGUCCUUACUGCUUCACAUUGUACUUAUGGACCAAAUGGUAGUCCAACAGUUGCAAAGAUUGGUAUUCAUAAUAUAAAGGAUAAGAAAGAUGGAAUUGUAAUUGAAAUUGAACAAAUGAUACGGCAUCCAUCUUAUAAUCCUCCAGCGAUGUAUGCAGACAUAGCUCUUAUUAAAUUAAAGACAUCUGUUACUUUUAGCAAUUUAAUAAAACCGGCAUGUCUUUAUCAGCUAUAUGACAAUGUACCUAUGAAAGUUUGGAUUAGUGGUUGGGGUGUUACUGAGUUUGGUGAUGAACAAAGCGAAAAAUUGCAGAAAGCACAACUUGAUAUAAUAAAUAAUAUUGCAUGUUCGAUAAAACAUAAUAAUUCCCUAGCAGUUCCAUAUGGUGUAACACCUAGUAUGAUAUGCGCGGGUGAUCCUUAUGGUGGAUGGAUUAAAGAUGCUUGCCAAGGAGAUUCAGGUGGACCUUUACAAUUACCACAUCCCAUAUAUUCGUGUCUUUUCCAAGUAAUUGGAAUUACGAGCUUCGGAGAAGGUUGUGCGAUCGUAGAUUCACCUGGGGUGUAUACAAGAGUCUCUCAUUACCUUAAUUGGAUAGAGGAUAUUGUCUGGCCAGAGAAUUAGCAACUUUAAUGAAGAUUUAAUAUCUUAGAAAAGUUUCAAACUCAAGAUAUUUUAAUGUCGUGGAUUGUUCUCCAAGUAAGACCAUUUCCAUAUGGGUCAUGAGUUGAAGGAAAAAGAACAUACCACCAACUUCUGCAAAAAUUUAGGUGGUAUGUUAAAUAAAUAAACAGAUAAAAUAUAUAUAUAUAAAUUUGAAAUUUUGUUUUAUAAUAUAAUAUACAACAUGACAAUAGUAAUAAAAUUUUUAGUAAGAUUA